AUGCAGGGGGUUGUUUCAACCACAGCUCUUCAACAUCUCGCUUGCAGCGUUCUUCUGAUUCUUUGUAGCGUCGCGCUGAUCUUCGUCGAAGUGACACAGAUGAGUACUGCCCGGAUCGGCUACUGGUCCGGAAUCCUGGUUUUCCUGCCCGCAAUGGGAGCCGUUGUGGCCACUUUCAGUGGAUCGCAGAGCACCUUAACAUUGAUCCUCCUCCUCGACCUAACUGGUUUAAUCACCUGUGCCGUUGGUAUUAUCGUGGCUCUGAUUGACCGAAUGGGCAAUCCGAUCGCCAUUUUCUGGCUAGAAUUUGCAGCUCUCCUCUUUCUCGUCUAUGAGUUGGUGCUAGUCUCCAGAACAGUUUCUACCUGUUGUUCGUCAAGACCUGACGCUGCGACUCCCGAUGAAGUGGAAUGUGAGUUGGAAACACCGCCUCCGCCAAUCGAUUUUAUUCCGCCCGCAGCAGCCGCCAAAUUACCGGAAUACUCAGACCUAUCGCCCCUGAGUCCUCCUCCAAAUUAUCCGGCCGACACCCCUCCGCCCCUGUUUGAUCGCUCCUAG